CUUUGAGCUCUUUCCGCUCGAUCCAAGCCACUCAGACUCUAAUCACACUCCAUCGACCUCAGAGGGAGGUCAAGAUGAGCAUCGACGACCCUCCCGUGGGCUCGUCGAACGAUACCCCUCAGCAGCGGGAAGAGCCAGCGCAGCCGAUCGCCUCGACAUCUGCUCUCCCAGCUCCUCCCCAGCCUCUUGACCCGCGCAACGACCCGACCAUCUUCCAGCCCAACGGGCUCAUCCACUUUCCCCGCUCCGACGGGGACCCCUCUUUCGGCCCACCAAACACUGUCGUCCCACCACCUUCAGCACGGGAAGUCAAUUACUACCACGUCUUCUCGCCCGACGAACGCAGCUAUCAGCGAUGGUGCAAUGUCAUUGGGCUGGACCUCGCCGAAUGGGCGGGGAAAGGGAGGAAGCCGCCAGAGGGAGAGACGUGGCGUCUAGCGUCCUUUCCCAGGGACUAUACCUUCACAGAACAGAGAAAGGGGCCGCGCGAGUCGCCAAGGACGGAUCCGUAUCUGUUCGGCUCAAAUCACCAUCGAUUCCGCUCGAGCAAAGAAUUUCUCCCACACGCCAAGUAUCUCCUCUCUCACUCGACCUUGAACCCAUUGCUGUGCGCCUGCAAGUACUGCACAGGCUCGAAGCGCGCCGUCCCACAGGCCGAGGGGGCGUAUCGUCCACGUCCACAGGGAGGUAGCGGGGCGCCAAAGGCUUCGCGCGGUGAAGCAGGGGGAGGGAGGGGACGCCCUCCCGGUCGUCGUCCCGGUGUCGGCGUGGGUGCAGCAACACCUAAUUCGGUGCGAGUAAAGACGCAGCUUCUCCCUCCCUCCGAUCGUCGCCCCGUGCUGGGAAUCAACGUGCCCUCUGCCACAAUGCGGGACAAUGAGCUGAUGCGCACAGCGCGGGCUGCGGUGGGAGAGAGCGAAGGGUUCAGGCAGGGAGAGUUCGUGUGGCUAACCCUUGACAGACCAGUGAGGGACCCGGAGAAGGCAUCGCGCUUCCUUGACAAGUGGCCUGCGCAGGUGGAGCUGGUCACUUUUGAGGCAAGAGUGGUGCGCGAUGAGGGAGGAGAGGCGGCGGCAGCGGGAAGUAAAGACCCGCGACGACGAGGCGCAGGUGCGGCUGCGGCUGCAGGGGCACGGGUGGAGCAGAAGAGAAUGUACAGCGUCAUCCUGGUGGGCUGUCCCCUCGAGCGGGGCAGGGUUGGGGAGGAGCGACUCCAGCCUUUCCUGGCAGGCUUUGUCGACAAGGACGUCUCGUCCUCUUCUUUCGGCUCGUGGGAGGAGCACAGGUGGUUGGAGGGAGAAGGCCAAACCGAAGCGAGCAGCUCAUCGGCCGGACCGCCCGGCUUCCCACCCCGCCUCGGUCUGCUCAACGCGGACGGAUCAACGACUGCCAAUCCGUCGCCAAACUGGACAAAGUGCCUCGGCGCCCUCGCCUUCAGCAUGACUGCCUGCAACUACAUGAGGGCGAGUUGGAGGGUGACCGACUUUUUCGACGUGCUCAAUAUCAAGGGGUUGCCCAACUAUCGGCCUCCUCCUGUCUCAGAACAAGCAAGGUCGCAGCCUCAAACACAAGCCCUCGCAAGCAGCUCCACCGUCCCCGCCAGCGCGGAGCACGACGACGAGAUCCGCCCAGGUCUGGCAGAUCGUCGCCUCACCUCUACUGCACAGCAAGAACCCCCCUCCUCUUCCUCCUCAUCAAGCACCUCUUCGCGCUGGCCUCUCCCCGGCAAGUAUUGGCAGGGCCUCUUUCUCGGCCUCGAGCGAGUCUGGGUCGGCGACGUGGUGCGGCUCAAUCUGGGCGUGAAAGAGGUGAGGGAGAUGUUCGACGGAUUGGCGAGGGAGAAACGAUUGGCAAGGAGGAGCGAUGCGUUUGAGGGUCAGGGAGGGAGGGAGCUGCACGGGAGUUAUGUGAUGCGGUUGAGGGCCAUCUUUCGGGACGAGGAGGAGAAGAAGGAGGAGAGUGAUGAAAAGGGGCAAGGAGAGCAGCAACAGCAACCAGAGGGAGAGGGUGACAGCACUGUCGCCCGCCCGCCCGUCAAACGUCCUGGACGACGCCCCAUGCCUCGCACCCGAAUCGUGGGGAGCGUCUACCAAGUAAUGACCUUUGCGAGCCACGAGGCCAAAGCCAAGGAGGAGAAGCGCCUCUACGACGAAAGGGCAGCCGUGGCCAGUGCGGCAGGGGAUGUCUUUGGCGGCGUUGGGCGCAAAUUCGCUUUCCCUCGCCUGGACCUGCUCAGUAGCUGGGGACACGAAGGCGUCGAGUUGCCAGAGAUGACCAAGUUGCAGCCGGGUUUCUUGCUCUCGCCCAUCUGCAAAGAGGGCAGCGAAGUGGUGCUCGACGUCACGCACAUCGCAGGGAGGCUCUAUCCAUCACUCGCGCGUCCCUCGCCCUCCUCCGAAGGCGAUGGCGACGGCGAAGAGGAAGGCGAUCUCAACCGUCUUCAACGUCUGGGCACGGACGCGCAGCUUCGCGAGGAGGACACUCAGAUUGCGACGGUUGCACGCAUGGCGCUUGCGGGGGAGCUGGAGGGGAGCGUCAAGAGGAUGGGGAUCAAGGACGAGUGGAAGGAGAGCGCCGAGGCUGGGCUGACCAUGUGCUAUGAUGUAGCGAGGAAGGAGAUUGCGGAUGUGGUGAAGGAGGCGUUGGGCAUCAAGGAGGAUGACGGGGAGGCGGAGGCGGAGGCGGGGAGGAAGCGACCUGCUGCAUCGGACGACGAAAAGGAUGGAACCCUCGGAGGAAGUGUGCCCAAAGCACCCCGUAGGGUGAGCCCACCGCGUACUGCUCCCAAGUCGCCGGCCAGCUCUCAGUCUCAUCCAGCCUCGACGCCAGGCCCGGCAUCCUCUCUUCCCACUCCCAUGGCCACUCCGAGCAUAGGCACAAGCACAGCAGGCUCUCCGGCCUCUCGACCCGCAACUGCAAGCAGCAACUCUUCAGGAGAGGAUGCACCCCUUCCACCCGGAUGGGUGAAGCGCGUCAGUCGCUCGGGCCAUGGGGUCUACUACGCUAAUCGAACGACGAAGCAGACAACUUGGGAGAGGCCAACGGCGUAGGGCCUCGCGAGGGGGGCAGAGAAGAGAAGGAGGGGAGGAAGGUGCGCCACACUCUACGCUUCUUUUGCUUGUUCUCCUACUUUUUACUCCGUAAUCAAAGAAGAGAAAAUUCCCUCUCAGAGCUGAGCGGGAAAGCAGUAGCCAGUGGAGCCCACGCUGCAUCGGAGGUUGAAAGAGGCGUAGGCGAGGCCGGAC